AUGACAUCUAAACCAAUUCUAUCAUUAUCACCAGCUCAAUCGAAAUAUUUAUAUGAAAAUAAAUAUCAAACAAAAUAUGAUCAACCAUUUAAUAUGAAUUGGAAUUCGUAUUCGAAAACAGAUCGAAGAACGAAUUCUUCCCAUUUUCAACGUUCGACUCUAUCCAAUCGAUCGUAUGACCAUAAUCAUAUACCAUAUGCUUCAAAUGUCUAUGGUGUAUAUCGCCGCCCACCAUCUAAUAUAAAAUCUCCGCUUUCCGUAUAUACAAAUCCAAGUAGAUGUACUACUAAUCAAAGAAGUCAAUCUCAUCAUUCUCAGCGAAAUCAAUUAUCUCGUAGUAUUAGUGAUGAUUAUUACUAUCCUAAAUAUGACGAUCUAAAUGGUCUUAUCAAUGCUAUUUAUGGUGAUGAGAAGAAGAAUGAAAAUAAUAAAUAUGAAUAUAAUGAAGAAAAUUGUUCUAAUAUUUUCAAAUACACCUUGGAUAAUACAGGUAAUGUCAUCUUACCUAUGGCAACAUAUGAAAAUGUUAGACAUAUAAAUACACCUAAUAUUAAUAAUAAUAACAACAAUCUUCAUUCUUUAUCAACACCAUUAACUCAUGAUUCAUAUGAUUAUUCAUCAGCUACAUACAGUCAACAAGUAAAUUCGAAAUCAUCUACAAUGCCAAAGGAUCAUUAUCAAAAUGCAACAACAACAACAACUAGACACGAUAUUAUUCCAUCAGAAAACGGAACUAAUUAUUUAACAUCAUCUGAUAUGGAUUCAAGUGCAAAGUCGAAUGAAACAACAAAACGAGUGAAUCAUACAAAUGGAAAAUUUUCUCUACAAAAAAUGAUACGUCAAGGUUUUUCCUCAUGGCGUACAAGAAAAAAGCCACCAUCAUUAUCAACAUCAACUAUACCAACAAAUAUUUCAACACCAUCUUCACCCCCUUUAUCUACUGGACGUUAUAUGACAACUGAUAAUGAUCUAUCACAAGUUCAUCCAUCGACAACUAUACGUUCAAUAUCAACUGAUUUAACUUCAAAACCAAUGUCAUCACAACGAAUUAUUGUUACAGAACAAAUUGCUCCUUCAACAGUUCGACCAAAUACCGUUGAUUGUGCGACAGUAGAUUUUGAUCGACCAUCAACGAAUAUUCGUGGUUAUAUUCAGUCACCUUGGGAUAAUUCUUCGACGUCAAUUACUUCUAAUACUAAUAAUACAGAAUCGAUAUUUCGAUCAGAAGCUUCAUCAACCAGUCGAAUAUUACCGACGCAAUUUACUGAAAAUACAAAACCAAUGACGCCAUUGUCAAUAAUACCAGCAUCUGUUAGUGUUUCAACAACGACAGAAACAACAAAUAGUACAACGCCUUUAACAUUAUCAUCAUUCAAUUCAUCUAAAAUUCCACCUCCUGUUGCUCCUAAACCUGAUAUAAAUCGUCUUACACCAAUACGUUCCAAUUAUUUAAAUAAUAAUCUUUCACCAUCUAAUUCAUCAUUCUCAACUGUUACAACAACUUCAUUUUCUCCUUUAACAUCUAAUACAAUUGAACAACGUCAUGUUGCUUUUUCCGAUAGUCUUAUAUCAAAUCAAUUUAUACCAAUUAAUGAUUCAAUACAUGAUGAUAAUAUUAUUUAUGCUAAUAUUAAUCCAUCAACUAUAACAUUAAAAGAAAAAUUUCAAGUACAAAAUUCACCUGUAAAUAAUCGAAAUACUUCAUCUCCAACAUUAAUACCAAAUAGUAUCAAUGAAAAACAAAUUUCUAAUACAACAAGUAAUACAUCAUCAUCAUCGCCAUCAACAAAUUCUUCAUCAACACCAAUAAUUCAAACAACAAAACAAAGCAUUAUACAAGAUAUCGAUACAACUAAAUAUGAAGAAAUUCCAGCUAAAGAACCUGAUCUAUCACGACAACCUGAAAAAAGUGCAUUAAAAAAACCAAAUGGUGUUAAACGUCGUGUUAUACCUGUUUUUCGAGAAAAUCAACGACCAUCACCACGACCAAGUCCUAAAUUACAACCUGUUGUUCUUCUAUCUCCAUCAUCAAUAAAAACAGCAGUAAACGAUGAACAAAAUGACAAUUCAGAUGAAAAUUCUUCAUCCGAUGAGGAAAAUCAUGAACCAAAAAAACGUUUUGCUAAUGUACAACGUAAUGAUUCAUUAGCACGUUUUCUUAAGGAUCGGCCAUUACCAGAUGAAUUAUAUGAUAAACAUAUUCUUGUUAAAUCCUUUGAUGAACGUAAAAAUGAACGUGAAACUAUUGAAACAAAAUUAGAACGUAAAUUAUCAUUACGUCCAAGACCUGAAGAACUUGAAGCACGAAAUAUUUUACGUGCUAAAACACAAGCUGAAUUAAUAGCAGAAAAAGAAGAGAAAAAACGUUAUUUAAUACGAAAACUAAGUUUUCGACCAAGUAUUCAAGAACUUCGAGAUCGAAAAAUUAUUCGUUUUUGUGAUUAUAUUGAAGUAUCCGACUGUGAUGAUGUGGAUCGUCGUGCUGAUAAACCAUGGACACGUUUAACGCAAAGAGAUAAACAACUUAUACGAAGAGAACUUAAUGAAUAUAAAAGUUCCGAAAUGGAAAUUCAUCCAGAAAGUGCAAAAUAUACGCGUUUUCAUCCACCUUAG